UUUAAUAGCACAGAUGCUUUAUUGUGAGCAGUGAUGCUGCUCGGAGGAAGCUGAGCCCCGUCAGCAUCACUGACUGAAUAUCUGUUGAGAAAAUAUGCAUUGUAGUUUUUUUAGGAUUUUAAUCUAUAUUUCAGUCUCAGGAGUUGGUGGAGACCAAAAACAGAGUUAAACGGAGAGUGAAUAUUCAGCCGAUUAGCCUGUAAAUACGUCUUGUAAGUACGUCUUUAAAUGGGCGUUAUCAGUGGUUUUAAGGCUCAUAGAUGUGGGUCAGUGAGGCCCAUAGUAGGUUUUUAUCAUUUAUUCACAUGGUCAAUCACCAGUAGUAGGAAUACAAGAGGACAACAGCAACCGUAGAAAUUAUGACAGGAGCAAAAGCGGAAGUGAGGCGCUGUGUGAAACUCCAUAUGAGAUGGAGGUCGACAAAACACUUUCACCCAGAAGAUCGGGAUUCACACUCCGUCUGUAGUUGUUUUUGUGUUCACAAGCGUUAAGUUUCACUUUCACUUUUGAAACAGUUAUUUUAGGCCAAAACUUAAUCUUUUUCCCUAAACUUAACUAAGUUGUUUGUUACCUAAACCUAAAGAAGCCUUUUUGUUUGUGUUUAAAACAUAACGUUUCAUUGUUUUACAAUGUGUUGGAACAAGUUGGUUUUAAAUUUUGCUUUAAAUUUUACAGUGUAGUAGGCGUAGUAGGCCCCUACUGACCCACAUCUAUGAUGCUUAUAGCGAGCGAUAACACACAUGUAAUGGCCUGACAGUAGAAUCAAGUGCGUGUGCAUACAAGCAGGAUUUUGUGACAUCGAAACUAGUGUGGAAGCCAACCAUGGUCCAAAUAAACAACCCACGCAAGUGUGAUGUGGAAACCUAAAACCACCAGUGCAAAAACACACUGAGAGCAGACUUGUCAGUGAAGUAGGACACGUCUUGUGUCGAGCAGUUAAGUUAUUUAAAUGAUGUCCGUAGCUCCUGAAAUUUUCAAUGAAUUUAUCCUGGUGAUUGAAUGUUGUUUUUUGUAAACCACAUCAGACACACAAUUCCAAACAAAUUAUUUUGAUAUGCCCUAAAACCAUCGAGGGGAUCUUUAAGUAGACAUCACGUCAAAGAGAAGAAGGUUAGAAAAAGAAAGUUCAAGUCAAGCUCUACAUAAUUCAUCACACUGGGAGAAUAUUUUGAUCAAGUAGAUAUGUCUCUCUUAUCAGGGUUGAUCAUUUUAGCACAGACCUACGACAUCUAUUCUGUAACUGCCCUCUCAUAAUACAAUAUCCCUAGUAUCUCAGUAAAGCAUCUUAUUGCAUGUAAUAGUAGGCUGAUGAAAUGGAGAGGUAUGUUUCAUUACAAGCCUCCACAUCCACCUUUCUCAAGACCUGCAGGUGCAGUAAACACACCUCCUGUUCAGAGCUAGCCCCUCCCACUUUCUGCACACCUGCAUAUAAACUCACCUGUAGCAUCAGCAGCACAGAUCCUCCACUAUUCCUCUGGAUCGCAUUGUGCCUCUCUCUGAAGAAAACCCUGCCACCCAUCAUGGCCUCCAGCAUGUCGAUGAGGAGCUUCUCUAUGGGCCGCCAGCCCUCCUUUUCCAGUCGCUCCCUGAUGGACACUGGCCGCGCUCGCUCCCGUGCUUCGGUUUCCUUCGCCGCAUCCAGCCCCCUGAGUCGUUCGUCCUCCAUCGGCCAGGAUCUCAACGGGCCGGCCAGCCUGCAACUCAACGGCCUGCACGGCAACAGCAUCAACGAUAAGGAAGCCAUGCAGAGCCUCAACACCCGUCUGGCCAACUACCUGGACAAGGUGCGUUCGCUGGAGCGCUCCAACGCAGACCUGGAGAUGAAGAUCAAGCAGGUGAUGAUCGAACGCAUCCCCAAAGGUCAUGACCUUGACUCCAUGAUGGCCCAAGCUCACGCUGUUGAGCAAGAGGUGAGGAAGAGGACCUUGGAGAACGCUCGUCUCAUGUUAGAGAUCGAUAACGCCAAACUGGCUGCUGAUGACUUCAGAAUCAAGUGGGAGACUGAGCUGGUGAUGUGCCAGUCUGUGGAGCGAGACUGUGUUGCUCUGAAAAAGGCCAAGACCGACCACGAGCAGAUCAUCGCCUCCCUGAGGGGAGAUCUGGACAGUCUGAAAGAAGAACUUUACUUCCUCAAGAAGAACCACGAGGAGGAUCUGGAGCAGAUGAAGUCUCGUAUUGCCAGAGAUGAGGUGAAUGUGGAGGUGGAUACGGCCAGCGGGCCGGAGCUGGGUACCGUUCUGUCUAACCUGCGUUCCCAGUAUGAGGGGAUUGUCAAGAACAACAAGGACCAAGCGGAGCAGUGGUACCUCAAGAAGCUGGACACGGUGCAGAAUGUCGUGAAGGAGAGCAACGAGGCUCUGAGGGGAGCUCAGGGCGAGCUGGUUGAGAGGCAGCGCUUCCUGCAGACCCUGGAGGUGGAGCUGGAGAGUCUGCACAAACAGGUAGCAGCGCUGGAAGGUAACCUGGGUGAGACGGGUCAGAAAUACUCCUCUGAGAUGGAGCGGCUGCAGGCCAAGCUGAGCCAGCUCGAGGACGACCUCUCCCAGCUCCGGCUGGACAUGCAGCGCACCAAGACCGACUACGAGCAGCUCCUCCGCAUCAAGCAGAACCUGGAGAUGGAGAUCGCCACCUACAGGCGCCUGCUGGAGGGAGAGGAAUCAGUCAAGGAAGUUCCUCCUCCACCAAAAAAGGAGCCUGACGUUCGCACCAGGAAAAUUGUGAAGGUGGUGACUCAGACGAUGAUCAACGGCAAAGUGGUGGACGAAACCAGCGAGGUGGAGCAGAUCGAGGAGACCAAGAAAUAAAAAAGAGGAAAGGGAGGGAACUUUAUCAGAAGAUGACACGGGGAUAACAAAAAGAGAGAGAGGGAGACGAGUGUCAGCAUAUCACACACGAGCUGUGGAACAUCAUUAAAUCUUCUCAACAGAGAAAAUAUUGUUUCAAAUAGGGAAUUUUGGGGGUAUUUGCUCGACUAUGAAUGUUUUGUUUUCAGAGAAAUGUUUUCCCCACAGUGGACUUUGAUCAGUUCUUUAUGUCUGGAGAAAAUGCCACAAACAUAUUAUGUCCGGUACUGCUGUAGCUAUGCAUGCUUAUACCAAUUAGAAUGUCUGUGUUUUUGUGUUGACUAACCAUCUUCAUUCUGUUUUACUAGGUUGAUAAAAUGCUGUGUACAAGAUAUGUAUUACUAAGUGUGCAGUUAACUUUAGUAAAUGUAAUACAUACCUUUAACUCCUUUUACAAGAAUAUCAUUUAAUUGUCUUUGCUGUUUUUGUGUACUUGUCUAAAUAAAGUUUCUUUAAUCCAUG